UUUAUUUGAAAGUGAUGUUUCAUUUGAAAAAUGAUAAAGAAUUACCCAAAAAUAAUAUGCUUCACUCUGAUACCAAAAAUAUUCCCUUUCUUAUACUUGACAAGUCUUCCGUUCAGAGAGAAAUUGCUUAUCCUUUUCUAUUUUCUAAAAUCUGAUGACUUCAUCCGAAAGAACCCCACCAGUUGUCUUUUAAAUUUUAUAUUUCCCCCUAUGGCGUUAAUAGACCCUUUUGUUUAUUUUUAAUAAAAGCAUGUGUAAACUCCGCCACGGAAAUUUCAGGUUUUACCUGCGUUACCCGGUAGUAAACCAGUUCCUGUUUUGUCGCCAUGGUGACAUUCUGAAGCAGCGUCUGAUUGCUUGACAUCGAUACUGAAAGAUUAAUUGUUGAUACAACGGUUUUUAACAAUGGCGUAAAAAUUGUAUUUUGUGACACAAUGUUUUUUUCAGAUUAUGAUAAGAGUUAAGGUUGAGAGACUGAGAGGUUUGUGUUUUAUCACCAACAAAGAAGACUUCGAAUUGUAUUAGUCAUUUUUCUGAUUUGAAAUUGUUUCCCCUUCCACCAUAGUUUUGCGAUUUAUACGACAGUUAUACAUCUUGGCAACCGGAAUCAUAGGCUUAGUAGGGAGCUAUGCUAUUCGACAUAUUUGUUAUGUUAUUACUAGCAUACCCUCAAAUUGUUCAAACUUCCUAAAUUGGACCGGAAGCUAUACUUGUCCAUAUAUGCAUACAGUAAAUAAUUGUAAUGUCUGCUUAGAGUAGCAAAGUGAUGAACCUUUCCUCCUAAAGAUUGUAGUAAUUUGAUAUACUCGGACAUUUUAACUGUAAAUCAACUAACUUCUGCGUGUACUUAUUUUCCUAGAAUUCCUUCUAAAGAUUCGUUCGCCAGGCGAAAACACAAGUAUACCCUAUUCUAACUCGUGUUUUCUUGAGCCCUUUACAGACAGAAAAGACCUGUUGUAACAUACAACAUGUUGUAAGAGCUGACUUACAUAUGACCCGCUGCAUUCAGGGGUUUUCCUCGGUGUAUUUGGUUUAGGGAACACAGAAAAAACCAAAAUUGACCUUCUGCCCAUUUUAACACCUUGCUUAAAGAGUAACUGUAGUGCAAAUAGAAACCGAUAAUAAAACAUUCCUUGUGUUUUUAUAAUGAUGUUGCCGAAAACCGCAUCGAAAUCGGUGGACCGGUUACCAAGUUACGACAGGUAGAAGUUGAGCUUUUUACCUGCGUUUCCAUAUGCUCAUCAAGCGUACCGCGCGCCGCUAAAAGUUGUGCACACGUAUCGGUGACGUCACAACGGGAACACAAGAAAAACCGGCAUCAUGGCGAAUAACGUUACCUACGUAUCGACCUCAGAAAGCGACGAAGAAUCUGUUGAUUUAUACAUAUCUGACGGCUCAUCUUACUUUGAGAUGGACGGAGCAACCUACGACGGAGUAACACAGCCUUACAUGUUCGAACCAGAGACGGAUGACGACCCAAACGAGGAAACUUCAGUGGCCGACCACGAGCCCGAGAUCCAAGCCAUACGAUUGGUGUAAAUGCGGACACUGUCCUGCGAUGUCUACCGAAGUGGAAAGUAUUUGUUGCAAAGAAGUCGACCAGGUCCAAGUCAUGAUGGAUGCCAUUCCGGGUGAUCUAUCAUGCAUCACUCUCCAUCCUGGAUUUGAUGCUGUCUGUUUAAACAUUUAUGUUCUGCAGACAGCAUACCUGACAUUUCGUCAGUACCAUGGUCAAUUGACAGACGAUGAAAACAAGAGAAAUCGAUAUAUUGCCUAUCGUCAAUUUGUGAGAUGGUGCUGGGGUUGGCUAGGUCGACAUGUUCGUAUACGACUCCCAGCAUGUGCUGUUACAUGUAUCAGGAAUGCUUUCCCUGCACCGGACGGACAAUACAAUGGCUUUAAAUUUGAAUGAGAAAACAA